CCCACGAAUCCACUAUCACACACUGUUACCAGUUAUCACUCAAAUUAGUCAAAUGACUUCUUCUAUAUUCAUCUCUCGAAUUUCCCCUUCGUUAAUUCCUAGCACCUUCCAAUUCUCUGCUAAAUUAGCUUCUUCAUCUUCUUUCUCUCUCCUCUCUAAUCUUACCCAGCAAAGGAGUGGAAUUCGAUCGUUCUCAGUCACUUCAUCAAUGGCGGCAGCAUCAUCGGAACCCAAGGAAGCUGUUUCUAACAAUCCUGGCCUUCAUUCAACACCUGAUGAUGCUACCAAGGGUUAUAUUAUGCAGCAAACUAUGUUUCGAAUUAAGGACCCGAAAGUGAGCUUGGAUUUCUACUCUCGUGUAUUAGGCAUGUCACUUCUGAAGAGAUUGGAUUUUGCUGAGAUGAAAUUUAGCUUGUACUUCAUGGGAUAUGAGGAUCCUUCUUCAGCUCCUAGUGAUCCAUUAGACCGAACUGUUUGGACCUUCAGUAAGAAAGCUACAGUUGAACUUACUCACAACUGGGGCACAGAGAGUGAUCCUGAAUUCAAAGGUUAUCACAAUGGAAACUCGGAGCCUCGUGGCUUUGGGCACAUAGGAAUAACCGUUGAUGACACUUACAAGGCAUGCGAGAGAUUUGAACAGUUGGGUGUGGAGUUUGUAAAGAAGCCUGAUGAUGGCAAAAUGAAAGGGAUCGCAUUUAUAAAGGAUCCUGAUGGCUAUUGGAUAGAAAUCUUUGAUCUUAAGUCAAUAAAAAGUGCUGCUGGUGAUGUCUCUUGAAGCGUUGUUUCAGGGGCUUUCUGUUACUUUUUUUGUUAUCCCAUGAAGUUUAAUUGAAGAUAUACUAUCUAAUUUACUUCAUGCUAUAUGCAGAACUGGGAUUUUGAGAUUCAAAUAGCUGUCUUAUUUUUUUGAACUUAUUUAAAUAUGAUUGUUAUGAUUGCACUUA